AUACCAAAUGUCAAAGGAAGUCGUGAUAAUGAAAAAAAUGAAAUUAUCUUUGCAAAUUCAAGAUUUAUCAAGAUCUUGAUUAUUAAUUAGCUAAUUAACUGAUAUCUGAAGUAAUUAGUUCAGGUAUUUUAUAGAAAAAAUGUAUGCCUUUUCCUUGUCGCUUUGUAUAGAGUACACUGUUGAAAAUUGGUUAACAAAUACGCAUUCACUUACCUGAAAACUUAAAUGUUCUUAUCAAGAUAAACAGGAUUUUUUUUGCGGCAAUUUUUAGGAACGCUCGAAUCGCUCGCAGACGAUUUGCACGACUGUCACAAACUUUGUUACGAAGAAAUUUACACAUAACACCGAAAUUUAACCAAGCUAUGGCUAUCGAUGGUAACAAUAUACUGGCUGAAAGCUUGAAAAAACAGGGUGUUGAAUAUGUAUUUGGCAUUGUUGGUAUUCCUGUUAUUGAAACCUCACUUGCAUUGCAAGCUGCAGGACUCAAGUACGUAGGCAUGCGCAACGAGCAAGCAGCAUGCUAUGCAGCUCAAGCCAUUGGCUAUUUAACAGGCAAACCAGGCGUAUGUCUCGUUGUAUCAGGACCAGGUCUUCUUCAUUGUAUAGGAGGCAUGGCAAAUGCACAAGUGAACUGCUGGCCACUUUUAGUUAUUGCUGGCUCCUGUCCCGAAGACCAUGAGGGUAUUGGUGGCUUCCAGGAGUGGUUACAGGUGGAGUCGAGUCGCAUGUACAGCAAGUACGCAGCACGGCCGCCGUCGCCGCGCCUCGUGCCGCUGCACGUGGAGAAGGCGGUGCGCUACGCCUGCGCCGGCCGCCCCGGCGUCUCCUACCUCGACAUGCCCGCCACUCUGCUGACGGCUGAAGUAGAGGAAGACAAAGUGCCUAUGGACUAUUACGCGGCUGAAACAGUUAAACUUGCUCACCCGAACCCGGAGCUAGUGGAGCAAGCGGCAGACUUGCUCGCUAAAGCACAGCGUCCUCUCAUCAUAGUGGGAAAGGGCGCCGCUUACGGCCGGGCUGAAGACGCUUUAUGCAAGCUGGUGGAAGCAACUAAAGUGCCUUUCUUACCGACUCCCAUGGGCAAAGGCGUGGUUCCGGACGAGUCGCAGUACUGCGUGUCGACGGCGCGCACGCAGGCUCUGCUCAAAGCGGACGUGAUCUUGUUACUUGGCGCGCGGCUGAACUGGAUGCUGCACUUCGGACAGGCCCCGCGAUAUGCGCCUGGCGCUAAAAUCAUACAGGUGGACAUAUGCCCCGAGGAGUUUCACAAUAGCGUGAAAUCCGAAGUGGCCGUACAUUCCGACAUCAAACCCUUCGUAGAGGCUCUCACACUCAAGCUGAGAGACAGGAAGUUCUCUCUGCCACCAACAAGUGACUGGUGGCAGGGGCUGAGGGAGAAACAGAAGAAAAAUACACAGUUUGUUGAAGGACAAGCGAGCAGCAAAUCCAUGCCUCUCAACUACUACGCAGUGUUCAAAGCAGUGCAGGCCAACAUCCCUAAGGACUCCAUCAUCGUGAGCGAAGGCGCCAACACCAUGGACAUCGGGCGCGGGAUGCUGCUCAACAACAAGCCCCGACACCGCCUCGAUGCGGGCACAUUUGCAACUAUGGGUGUUGGCCCUGGAUUCGCAGUAGCUGCGGCGAUGUGGUGUCGAGACUACGCUCCCGAAAAGAGGGUUAUUUGCGUCGAAGGAGACUCCGCUUUCGGCUUCUCAGGAAUGGAAAUCGAGACGAUGUUCCGCUACAAGCUGCCGGUGAUCGUCGUCAUCGUCAACAACAACGGCAUCUACGGCGGCUUCGACAGAGACGUCAUGCAGGACCUGCAGUCUAGCGGAGACCUUGCACAGUGCACACCACCUACAGCUCUAUCUACGGAAGUGCGCUAUGAGAAGAUGAUGGAAAUGUUCGGCGUGAGCGGCCAUCUUUGCCGCACUAUUCCCGAGAUCGAGGCGGCGCUCAAAGACGCUGUCAACGUCACCGACAGGCCCAGCAUCAUCAACAUACUCAUCGACCCGCAGGCCAGCAGGAAGCCCCAAGCGUUCAACUGGCUCACCGAGUCUAAGCUGUGAUAACUGAUAACAAACAACAAAAUGUAACUUAGGGCCAGCGCAUAUCAGCAGAAAAACAACAGUGAACAAAUUAUACCAAUUCUUAUUCUACACUAAUCCAAUCGAAAUAUAGUACAGGUAUAUUUUUAAGUUGCCAGGGAGGCUGUAGGGAAAAAUUAUUCACUUAGAUAUUUUUUCUUUCUGUAAAAUUUUGUAGAAAAAGUUUUUUCUGUGGAAACCCCCCUGAAGUUUAUAAUUCAGGCUUAAAAUUUAUCAUAAAAAGAAGAGAUAUUCCGAGGGCGGUUUUGAGCAUUGAAAUGUAUACCUCAUUUCGAUUGGAUAAGCAUAUAAUAAGAAUUGAUCCUGUCGACCACCAAAUAGAAACGAAAGAUUUUGUAUUCAAAUAAACUUUUACAAGUGCUUUUGAUUCGUCAAUUUGUGCUGGCCCUUGCUCAGAGAUGCCCGCGACUUAGUAUUGCAUAUUGUGCAAACAGCUUAACAUGACUAAAUCGUAAUUAUUAACUUUGUUUACUUAAUAAAUUUCUCCUUAAUCAGGAAAAUAUUCUUAUAAAAUUGGGUGCGGCUCUUGAUGCAAUUAUAUAGACUUAAUGCUUGGAGCAUUUUUGGUUUUAUUGUAAUGAUAACACUAGAUUUAUAUGGGUUAAAUUUAUCUAUGCUGAAAAAAUGUACAAAAAUACUGAACGUGAUUAUAUAGAUUAUGUAAAUAAACAAUAUGAAUCGAUUUGUAAAUAUAUAAGAAUGUUUUUGUAUUUUUAUAUUGCUGUAAAGACUGUCAAAAUAUUUAAGCAUUUAAUUUUUAUCAGAUUGGAGAUAUUUUUAUAUGGCUUAAAGGGCUUGGUGCAAUGUUUGGUGAAAGGUGUAUAAAUAAAAUAAGGAUAAAUCAGAUUUCAUUCAUAUAUUGUCUGUCUAUUGAGUCACAUCACAUCACAUGUUUGUAAAAGUUGAACUUAAAAUAUAUAUUAAAUACAAUUAUAUUUUAUAUU